UCAAGAAAUUUUCAAAAUCGAAACCGCCAGUCUGCAACAAACAAUCAAUGGCUUCCUCCAAGAAAUCAAACAAAGAGGAACACACAAACAAAAACAAAAACAAAACAAUCAAAACCAAAGAAUCCCCAAUCAAGAACUUAAAAUCACCCAACAAAGACAAACAUAAAAUCAAGAGCAAGUCUCCCAGUAGCAAAGUUAAAGAAUCGCCCAAAGUCUCAAUCGAAAAAGUUAAAAAUCAAGACUCAGACACACCCAGGAAAUCAAAAAUCAAGAAUCAGACCAGCUCCAAAUCUGACAAAAAUCCUAAAAGAAAGGCGGAACCAGAAGAAGAUGGAGAAGACGAGACAUUGUGUAGCUUCCCAAUGAGUAGAAUAAGGAGAAUAAUCAAGGCUGAAGAUGAUAGUUCUAAAUUGCCUCAACAUGUUGUUUAUCUUGUCAAUAAAGCCACGGAGAUGUUUGUUGAACAGUUUGUUGAGAAAGCUUAUGAAUGCGCAGCUCGGGAUAAAAAGAAAACUCUUGCUUACAAGUACCUAUCAUCAGUUGUUGGCAAGCAGAGGAGAUUUGACUUUCUUUCAGAUUUUGUUCCCGAGCAACUAAAAGCUGAGGAAGCCUUGGGGCAGAUAAAAUCGGCAGAAACUGCUAAAAAAUAGAGCUCAUUAUACUACUUGAGAUGAUGGUACGCACACUUCCUUUGGUGCCUUAGUAAAUCAUUAGUUUUUUUGUAGGUUUCCCUUAUGUUUUCAGUGGAUUGCAUGAAGCGACAUUGUUCUCUAACAACGUAGACUAGAUUUGCUGUUCAUUUUGUAUUCAAAUGGCAUUCUAAUUUAUUAGUUAAGACAUUUCCUUGCUAGGUUUUAGAUUGGGCUAAUUCCUUGAGAUGAUGGUAUGCACAUUUUAGGCUCUUCUCUUUGCUCUAGAUUGGCUGUGUAAACUUCAAAGAGAAAGCCAUUGUUUCCCAUCGACUUUGUAUUGUAUCCAUGAGUAUAUGUUUUCGGAACGUAAGCGUUACUGUAAGCGAAUGGAAUUUUUCUCAUCA